GCGGCGGCAGCAGCGCCAUGUCCUGGUACCGCAACACCGUGUGGUUCGUCAAGGGGCUGCGGGAGUACACGAGAGGUGGUUACGAGUCUGCUUCCAAGCACUUCAGCCCAGCUGAUGUAGAGGUGGAUGUUGCGGGAAGAUCCUUCCUAGUCACUGGUGCAAACAGUGGCAUUGGCAAGGCCACGGCCAAGGAGAUAGCCAGGAGAGGUGGCACAGUUCAUCUGGUUUGCCGAAAUAAGGAACGGGCUGAAGUUGCCAAGGAGGAAAUAGUGACAGAAACGGGCAAUCAGAAUAUCUUCUUGCAUAUUGUGGAUAUAUCUAAUCCCAAGGAAAUAUGGAAGUUUGCUGAAAAAUUCCAAAAUGAACAUAAAUUAAAUGUGUUGAUCAACAAUGCGGGAUGUAUGGUGAAUAGCAGAGAGGUAACUGAAGAUGGACUUGAAAAAAACUUUGCAACAAACACUUUGGGUACAUACAUCAUGACAACUGCCCUGGUGCCCCUCCUGGAAAAAGCAGCUGAUGCCAGAGUGAUAACUGUCUCUUCUGGGGGAAUGCUAGUUCAAAAAUUAAACGUAUCUGACUUGCAGUCGGAAAAUGGGCCUUUUGAUGGAACUAUGGUGUAUGCACAGAACAAGAGACAGCAAGUUGUCCUGACAGAACAGUGGGCAAAGGCUCACAGAAACAUCCAUUUCUCUGUGAUGCACCCUGGCUGGGCAGACACUCCAGCUGUGAGAUCAUCCAUGCCGGAUUUCUACGAGAGGAUGAAGAACUCGCUGCGCACAGAGGCCCAGGGAGCUGACACCGUCCUGUGGUUGGCAGUGUCAGCUGAAGCAACAAGGCUGCCCAGCGGCUUGUUCUUCCAAGACAGGCAACCAGUCCCUACUCACUUACCCCUAGCAUACACCCACAGUCCACCAGAGGAUGAAGAGAAACUAAUGGAGCUGCUAGAAGAGUUCUCCCAGAAGUUUAAAUAUGUUUCUCCAGGAACUUAAGUGUCUCUGCUGACACAGUGUCACCACAAAUGACAUAGUAACCUGCUGUUGAGGGAAAGUAGGAUGCCAUAGGCCUGUUAAAAAUGAAUUAGGUUCAGGUGUCCUCAUAAUGAGGCAGUAGAGUGGCACCUGUGUCAUUUUUUUCUGCUGUCAGCUCUCUCCCACUGUGAAUAUGCAGCUGCUGCCUCAAGACACACUAAGAAGAAAUAUAUUGGAAGGAAAAUUGAGAGGCAUUAAAAUAAACCCCGAGAUUUUGUAAAGUUACCUAGAAUAAUUUAAAACACUCAGCAUAGAGAAAUGCAGAGGAGUGUACUUUCAGUAGCCUUCAUGAAGGACUUCAGGAAAGAAGUGGGAAUGCUUUAAACAGCUUCUAACUGCUGUAUUUGACAGGUUGGUGGCUUCCUUUACUGCAUGAGGGUGAUUGGGCUCAAACAUGUAGCUGGGAAUGCAGAAACUCCCUUGCAGAACCUGCUUAGUUUAAAGGGAAGGAUUCCUCAUGGCCUUCAGUUUCUAUAAAUUAGAACUGGUAUGCAGAAGUGAUCUGCUUCCUCAUGUUUAAACAGCAAGAAUUUAGGAACACUGCCAAAUGCCUUCCACAUUACUUUAUGGCGCCAGGGCUAAAUAUUAUCCCAUUUAUGUCAAAAUACCAUGAAGUAGGAGGUUUCAACACAACACACCCAGACAUAGCUGGAUCCAGCAGAGAAAUGGCUGCAUGACUGUAGACACAAAAAGAAACAGCAUGCUAAGCUGUACCUGCUUGCCAUUUCUGUGAGAGAUUAAAGGAAAUUAUUUUAUCAUUAUGAAUAGAUUAAGAGGGGAAGGGAAGUAUGGCAGGGCACAGGUUUUAGAGAAGAAUUCAUGGAGGAGAAUGGAGGUUUGUAUUUUGUCUGGAUCUGUUUACUUCCAGCCACAGAGGACAGGAUUGAUCUUACCUGAUCUGUAAGGUCAUUUGAAUUACUCACUGAGUUUCUCACUGUAAAUCGGUAGAGAGAAGAAAGGGCUUUUUUCACAGGGAUUUACUGGAUCUAGUUUAAGAAACACCACCUCCAGUGCUGCAUCUUUCUAGUAGUGCUGAAGACAAUCAGCUCAGACUAAGACAUUCCUGUGGGACUCAUUUUGUCUUAAUUAUUUCAGAUUUACUGCAAAGCCAAGACUGUUAUUAACAAAUAAUACAUUUUCUCAUGAACUGAGUGUGUUUAUUAGCCAACUGCCUCCAGAACCCAGCCAAAUUGCUGCACUGUUUCACAUGUGGCUCAAACCAGUGUGGUAGGACCAAGGAUCUAAACACAAAUAUAACACAGGUGUUCUUGAGCUCUCUGCAGUGACUGGCAGCUAAAGACUGCUGAUGGAUAGAGGAGAACUCCUAAUGUCUGCUUUAUGCAAUUUAGUUUCCUCCUGGUUGAUGAUAUUUCCUCAUUAAUCAAAGAUCUCCUAUUAAGUAUCAGUUUAAGAAAAAACUGCUUUUUUCAGCCUAUUGUCAACCUCCUUAGAAAUAAAGACUUCACUGUCAGAGAGGCCCUGAGGAAAAUUUUCCCAUGAUAAGUAGUGCUGGGACAAGUCAGGCUGUCACAGCUCCUCCUGAAGAGGCUGGGUCAGCAUUCAAACUAUUGCCUCAUUUAUAAAUUAACUCUUUCUUGCACUACAGUGAAAGAAAACAACAGCAAAUCUCGUACAGAGGUUUAUUUCCUGCAAAUCCGGUAUUAACAUUUUCUAUGGUUUCAACCAGUAAAUACAGUUACCCAAAACAAGAGCAUGGUUGGAAGAAUAUAUAGUAACUACAUUUCUUAACCCAAUAGCUGCAAGGCUAAUAAAAAUAUUUGCAUUAUUUAGUAUUUAUGUCAAUUUGCUUCUCAGCUCUGCAGUACAGAAGAAAAGUUUAAUGAUUGGUAUUUAAAUAGUUCAUAAAAGUAAAAACUCUGCACUAUAUAUGUAAGUAUUUAACACAUUUUAGUCCACAUUCUGCACUAGUGUAUUUGAAUAGCCUAUAUUUUCCAUUUUGUGUCACAGCUUAAAAAUGAAGCCAAAGUUAAGAAAACUGCUUUAAUCAAAGUUUGGUCACAGUGUCAAAGAGCAGUAUGCUAUGGUUUAAGAGCACUUGUGAUUUAAAAAUAACUAAACCACAGGAACAGCAACUAGAAGCAAAGUCCAGACUCUCAAACACUUUGGUAUUAUGGUCCUGCUGAUGCUUUAUUUCAGCCUGAUUCCAUGAGAGCAAACAUGGCAUGUGGCUGCAAGCCAGCGAGAGAAUUUGUGUUAAUGCAAUCCAGAAUGACUUGCACCUUCAUGUAAGUGAAUACAUUUACAGACUCACAGAUUAUGCUGAGUCGGAAGGGACCCACAAGCCUCAUGGAGUCCAACUCCUGGCCUUGCACAGGGCACCCCAAGAGUCACAGCAGGUGCCUGAGAGCAUUGUCCAAAUG